AAAAGUAGAAGAAUUUCCCCCCUCUUUUAAAGCUCGCUUCUUUUGGCCAAGAGGUGUCCGAUUUUACAUCAAAGAACUUUCUAUAAUUAAUUACCCCUGAUAUUAAUAUACCACUAGAAAACAUUAAUAGGCAAGAAAAUGCAUCCAGAAGAAGUAAGCAGCGUUUGGUUAAACAGGAGAUUCUAUGAAGAUGCCGAAAUCGCUCAUUACGAAAACUUGACAAAAGCAGCUUUAACCCCAUUGGCUGGUGAAGUAGCAAAAGCUCGUCAGAGGUUAAUCGAAAGUAGGGACACUUUUACAUCAAAUGUUGAUUCCAUAGACACUGGAGCCAUCAAAUUCAUGGAGAAGAAAAUAGUUGAAUAUGAAAAAACCAUUUCUUCUCUUGUUCAACGAGUGAAUGCCUUAGAAUUAAGAGUAGCUACUUUGGAAAAAUCAGAUAGUCAGAGCAAACCCGUAAGCCAAAUCAAUAUACAAUCAGUACAUUCAUCAAAGCCUGUCGCUAAUGAUGAUGACGACGACGAUGUCGAUCUUUUCGGUUCAGAUUCUGAUGAAGAUGAUGAAUCAGCAGCCAAAGUCAGGGAAGAGAGACUCAAAGCAUAUGAAGCAAAAAAAUCAAAAAAACCUGUAUUGAUUGCUAAAUCCAAUGUCAUCUUGGAUGUGAAGCCUUGGGAUGAUGAGACUGAUAUGAAACUAAUGGAAGAAAAUGUCAGAAAGGUUGAAGCUGAUGGACUUUUAUGGGGUGCAGCUAAACUAGUCCCUCUAGCGUAUGGAAUACACAAAUUACAAAUCUCAUGUGUUGUAGAAGAUGAAAAAGUUUCUAUUGAUUGGUUAACAGAACAACUGCUAGAAAUAGAAGAUUUUAUCCAAAGUGUCGACAUUGCAGCAUUCAACAAGAUCUAAAUUGUGAAAUUUCUCUAUUGAAUUUAUAUUGAUUCUUUUUAAUUGAUUCUUUUUAAUUGAUUUGAUAAAUAAAUUAAUUACACUAAUACUAG